GUCUGCCCUAGUGGCGCGUGGUCCUCCGAGCCCCGGAACCGUCCCGGCUGCGCCUUCAGGAUGACCGAGUGGGAGGCCGCCGCGCCCGCCGUCGCCGAGACGCCCGACAUCAAGCUGUUCGGGAAGUGGAGCACCGACGACGUGCAGAUCAACGACAUUUCCCUGCAGGACUACAUCGCCGUCAAGGAGAAGUACGCCAAGUACCUGCCGCACAGCGCCGGCCGCUACGCCGCCAAGCGCUUCCGCAAGGCGCAGUGCCCGAUCGUGGAGCGGCUCACCAACUCCAUGAUGAUGCACGGCCGCAACAACGGCAAGAAGCUCAUGACGGUGCGCAUCGUCAAGCACGCCUUCGAGAUCAUCCACCUGCUCACGGGAGAGAACCCGCUGCAGGUCCUGGUGAACGCCAUCAUCAACAGCGGCCCCCGCGAGGACUCCACCCGCAUCGGCCGGGCGGGCACCGUGAGGCGGCAGGCCGUGGACGUCUCCCCGCUGCGCCGCGUGAAUCAGGCUAUCUGGCUGCUGUGCACCGGCGCCCGCGAGGCUGCCUUCAGGAACAUCAAGACCAUUGCCGAGUGCCUGGCGGACGAGCUCAUCAACGCGGCCAAGGGCUCUUCCAACUCGUACGCAAUCAAGAAGAAAGACGAGCUGGAGCGCGUGGCCAAGUCCAACCGCUGAUCCUCAGCCUGUGACCACAAUAAACCCGUCUGCCCUUGGCA